GAUAACUUUUACAUCGUAUAGUUUAAUAUUUUUCUAAUAUUACAAUAUUUUUAUUAUCGCCGUCAUUGUGUUUUGUAAAUGUCACGAAAUAUCAUCGAACAGACUUUACAGAUUUUCAGACAGGUUUUUUUUUCAAACCAACCGUACUAGAGGUGUGUUCUAACGAGUCUCAACGUUGAGGCGAAAUCUGGUGUACUUACCUAUACAAUACACACUCAUAAAUAUAAUACUGCAGUGAAACUCGACUAAGUUUACACAACGCGAGCAAAUGCCAAUUUUUCAAAACUGAACGUGCGUUUAUCGUUUUGUUCCACCAUGAGACUGAUUAUUUUUGGAUUGGUAGCGAUUGCUGCGACGGUUACGGUUACGGCAGCACCCGGCCUGGACCUGGUGUUGCUGCACAUUAACGACAUUCACAGCCAGUUCGAAGAGAUGAACGAAAAUUGUAACGAGUGUCUGGGACAGGACGCGGUACAUGACAAAUGCUUCGGAGGAUUGCCGAGAGUAGCCGAAUUUGUGCGCACUGAGAAGCUAAAGGCCGCCAAAAAUGGUGUACAUUCGCUGUUCGUGAUGGCCGGCGACACUUUCCAGGGUACCGCGUAUUUUUCGUUUUUCAAAUGGAAGCCAUGCGUAGACUUCGUAAAAGAACUGAAACCGGACAUUAUGGUAAAUAUAAUAGUAUACGAUCGUAUCCAAGUUCGGCCCAAGCGGUGUGUAAAUUUAAAAACCGCGAUCCGUCAUGGUUUUCAUGGAUUAGGUUUUAGAUUUACACUUAGAACACUAUAGCUUCCUUGAAGCAGUACCACAUUUGGAUCAUCAAACAGGUUAUGUUUUAUUCAACUCCAAAAAUUUCCUAAAACCAAUUCGGUUAAGUUUUGGCUUUGGCCGAAUUCAGACAUGGUCUGUAAAUACGAACCCCGGACGCAAGUUUCAGAGGAUCGCGAGAAGAACCUUUGACCAUAACAAUAUAUAAUAUGAAUGUUAUAAUUUUUAAGAAGAUUUUCAUUGAAUACUCAAUACUUAUACUAAUGUUUUCUAAACAUACGGUAUGAUUAUCAAGAUUAUUUAAAAACUAAAAGUUUUUUUUUAUAAAUUUAUAUUAGAGCUUCUAUGUAUCAAAAGCUAUACUCAGAGCUUUUAGAUUUUGAGUGGAGUGAAGAAGCUUAAGGUUUUACAAAGAUGUUUAUUAUUAUUAUUUUUAUUUUUAACUUUUCUAUCAGCAAUUUUGCUCCAGCAUAUAAUUAUAGAAAUUUUUCUAAUAGAAAAUUUCACUUAAGAGGUACUUUAGAGAGGUCAAUUUUGGAUUUUCUCAAGAGUUUUCUUAUCAAAUGUGAAAAACCGGGAAAAAACAUGGGAAAAACUUAGUAAAACAGGGAAAAUCGGUACACCAUUAAACAAAUAUUAUUAAAGAAAAUAUAUAAAGCGUAUUUAAUUAAUUUACUAUAAUAUGGCAUAUAUAUUAUUGACAAAUCAUCAAGGUAAAAUUAUAAGUCUCUUUUAGUUUAAGUCUUCGAAGUAUUAGAGACGCUUUAGUUUCUGUCAUUGGGGUAUUUUUAAUGCACUCAUUUUAAAAUUCGAAUUAAUUUUAUUAAAAAUACGUUCUUCAAUACCUAUUAGAUAAUGUAUAAAAGUACGUAAUCAGACUGUGUUUACUUUAUUCUUUUCUGAACAGACGUAAAAUAAUAUUUGAAGAGGGGGAUAUUUAUUUUUAAAUCCUAUUAUUAUAACAUUUUUAUGAAUAAAUUUAUGUGAAAGAAAAACAUUUUGGAAAUCUUGUCCUCAUGAUGUGUUUUAUAAAAGUUUGUUUAGGUUUAGUUUUUGGAAAUGUUUUUUAUUUUUUUCGUUUUACAACCCUAUAUUAUUAUCCUAAAAUUAAUAUAAUUUAUUAUUGUCACAUUUCAGACUCUAGGGAAUCAUGAAUUCGAUAAUGGCGUGAGUGACGUUGUAUCGUUCCUAAAAGAAUUACAAGAUAUACCUACAGUAGUAUCAAAUUUGAAUAUGUCGGCAGAACCCGAGUUAAAUAAACUUGUGUUGCCGUCGUAUGUAUUUAUGUUCAACAACACAAAAGUAGGCGUAGUUGGAUACUUGUCGACGACUUGCCCGGUAAUAAUUGUUCAGUUAAUUAUAUUUAUAUUUAUUUGCUAACGGUUUGAGCCUGAUACAACAGUUUAAAACAUAGUACAUAUAUGUACAUAGUACAACAUAUGUAUAAUUUAAAUAAUUAAUACUAACAACACACAUAAGUUUAUAUAAGAUAAUAAUUCCAGUAAUAAUAUAAGUAAAGAAAAAAAAAAUAGGGUAUGGGAGUGAAAAUUGAGAUCCGAAUUAAAAAUAAUACCUUAGUCUUUUUUACUACCCUUAAAAGUUACACUUGAACCAACCGUUGAUGGAGGAAGUGUAAUUAAUAGAGGAACUAAAAGGUGCUUUAAAAAUGGCAUAGAAUGACAUUUUUUCGCAUUAAACUGUAGUCCAAUACUAUUAAACUAGAGACUAGGUUGUUAAGAUCAUUAAGAUCAUUGGAGCGCAACACAGUCGGAUAAGUUUUCGAUUUUUCUAAUAAGUUUUAAGUCGUAGGCAAAUAUGAGUAGUUCACAGUUUUAAACAACCCCCUUAAUGCCAUUAAUUGAUUAAUUAUAUUUAUAUUAUGUAAUUGUUUUUUUUACAAGUAAAUAAUAAAUUAUCGGUAGUAAUUAAUUGUCAUUGUUAAAUUUUAUAGAGGAGAAAAAAAACAAAAACAAUUUAUAGAUAAUUCCGUAUGGAGACAAAUAUUUUCACCUGCAGAUGUUGUCUUAAACAUAAGGUGCUUUCUAUGUAAGAACUUAUAGCGGACUUGUCUUUGCGGCAGUCUUGGUGGUGUUAUACGUACUUAGCAAAUUUUUAAGCGAACCUUUUUUCAAACGAUAAUACAUAAUUUUAUAAUAAUACAACGCUAUAAAUAAAUAAAAUACAAAAUACUAGUAUUAAUCUACACAAAUUUUCUAAAGGAUGUAGCCAAAACCGAGGAGAUUGUGUUUUUCGACGAAAUCGAGUCGUUAAAGAAGGAAACUAAACGAUUACGCGACAACGGCGUAAACAUCAUUAUAGGUCUUGGUCAUAGUGGUGUCGACAUAGAUGAAAUAGUCGCCAGGGAGGUAGAAGAUAUCGAUAUCAUCGUUAGUGGUCAUUCACAUACGUUUUUGUAUUCCGGUAAUUAUAUUUUUUAUAAUAAUUAAACUGUGCCUGAUAUAAUAUAUCGUUAACAAUUUACUUUUUUUAGGCACUCCGCCCAGCAUCGAAGUACCAUAUGGACCAUAUCCGUUAUACGUGACUAACGACAAAACUAAAAAAUCCAUUCCGAUCAUACAGGCUUACGCGAAUACCAAAUACAUCGGCAAAGUCAACAUGCGGUUUGAUGUUAAUGGAGAACUGAUCGAUAUAAACGGUUCACCAAUAUUGUUAGAUCGUAAAAUAAAACAAGGUAAGUAAAUAUAACGGAAUCUAUGACGUUAACUAUAUUUCUCAGCUAACAUCAAUGAAUUAUAUACUAAAUAUAUCUUCUUCCUAUUGGACUUUAUCCCGCGCUGGUGAGAUCAGCACUGGACUUAUUCUCCUCCCUAUACGUCAACAUUUCUUCAUCUAUUUCACUAUAUGCUCUCAAUAUCUCCCCUCUCCCCUAAUCACAAGCCAUUUUUUCUUCGACUCACUUCUACGUCGUUUUUCAGUUCCAACGCUCCUCAUCAAAAAUGUAUUCCUUCUCAUUCUUCUUUAUAUACCCACUAGUGACACUCGCCCUACUCUCCUUAUUAACACAAACAUCCAUUACAUAUACCAUUAUAGCUAACACUCUAAUUUCUGUUAUUUCGAUGGAUAAUACAUAUUAUAUUUAUACUAUUGUACAAUAACGCGACUUAGAUUCGUCAAUGUUGAAAGUGCUCAAUAAGUGGAAACCGUUGGUGAACGCAAUAACAAACAUUACUAUCGGACAUACGGCCGUUCAAUUAAAAAACGUUUGUCAUUUUCAGGAAUGCAAUAUAGGAAAUAUUAUAACCGACUCGUUUAUAUAUGAUGUAAGUGUAGUCAUUUUGAUUUUUAAAUACUUACGUUUUACUAAUUUAUUAGAGAAAUAUGUUAUUUUUAAGAAUGUUAUGCGAACAAAAAAUUGCAACAAAAUAUGGACAGACGCUCCGAUUGCAUUAGUAUUAUGCGGCGGUAUUAGAAUGUCGAUCAACGAUGUAGGUAAUAAUAUAACUUAUACAACGAUUGAUUUAUUAUUAUUUUUCGUAAUUAAUUUUUGGACAUCUAUUUUUUUGAAUAAAUAUAAGAUUAUUUUUUUCUCUAAUUGGAUGAUUUGAUAACAUUUAUUAUACCCAGUUUGAAAAAAAAAAAAUCCGUAAUUUAUUAUUGUGAUGUAUUAUCGUAAUGUGCUAAAUAAUAUUGUUUUUUAUUUUUUCUAAAUAAUAUACUAGGUAACAUUACCUUGAAACAAAUAAUGAGCGUCUCGCCGUUUGUGAAUAAAAUUGCCAAAGUCACGGUAUCCGGUACUACUCUGUUGGAAGCGUUUGAACGCAGCGUUUUCUUCUAUACGGAGCUUAAUGGUGGAAAACAUUUUUUACAAGUAUCCGGUAAGACAAUUUCACUUAUAAAUAGUAUAAAAUUAAAAAUAUUUUUAUCAUUCUAAACAUAAUUCCCAACAACUAUACCCCGACAUAAUCACAAAAAUACACAACAAAAAAUAAAUAAUUAUUAAAUCAGUUUCGUUAAACUAUAAAAAUUGUCCUAAAGUAUCUUAAUUGUGUAGAGUUAAAAGUAUAAUAUAUUGAAACCAUUUAAUUUUUCCAGGAGUCAAGGUCGAAUACGAUUUAUCUCGAAAUCCGGGUAAUCGAGUCAGUUCAUUGUUUUUACGGUGUGGUAAUUGUGCCGUUCCAAUAUUCGAACCGUUAGUGCUGACUAACAACUAUACAGUAUUAAUGAACCGUUUUUUGGCAAACGGCGGUGACGGUUAUACUGUAUUUCAAAAUAGAGUAAAGGAAAUUGAAUUAAUAGGUUCGUAAGAAAAAAAAAAAUGAAUACUUUAUAUCAAUUAGGUAUGUACUGUGAAGCUUAUUAAAGAUGAAAUCCAUUUGGACCAACAUAUGCAUUUUGCAUAAAAACUAUAGGUUCCUUUUUGAAGAGAUGAAUAAAAAUUUCUUUUUCCUGGGAUCUAAAAUAUGAAUGAAUAAUUGUCUCCAUAGUAUGCUGUGCAUACAAUAAAAAAAAAAAAAAAAAAACGAGCAUACUUCGCACGGUGGGUGGGCUUUUGUUGUAGGUGAGAUGUUGAGAAGGUAGGAUAUAGAAGGGAAUUUAAUUAAUGUUUGUACGCAACGAUUAAUCAUUGCUAAUGAAAAACGAUUCUGAGCGGAGUUCGGUUUUGAAAUCGUGAAUAUUUACGAUUUUCCUAAAAAUUUGAUUUUAAAAUUGUAAUAAAAAUAUCUACAUUAUUAUUACAUUUUUUUUUUUUUUUUUGGCCACAAAAUACGACUAAUAAUAAACCUUCUGUUAAAUUUUCAAGCAUUUCUAUCAGUUCUAACAAUUUUAUCCAAAAAUUAGGCCUAAAAAAUCGCAAAAUUAAAAUGUCUAUAAAUAGCUUACAAAUGGCUAAAAUGUUUUAAAAAUUUGAUCACGCCUAGAAAAGACAAAUAUUAGUUUCAUUUUACAAUUUGUCCAAAUUUCAAGUCCUUGCGAAUAUUUUUAACUGAAUCACAACAAAAAAACAAAAUUGAAAAUAAUAAAUUUCAUAAUUCGUGAACCAUUUAAUUAAUCAAAACAUAAUCAUUUUAAAGCAUCACCCUGAUAAUAUUUUCUUUUAAAAAAGAUAGUACACUUGAAAAUCGAAGCAAGAUUUCUUAUAGAAAAGUUGUUUACAGAGAACAAAAAUAAUUAACAUCAUUGUAAAACCAAUACAUUAAUACAUUCCUUGCUUUGCUCAGAAUCUAAAAACAAAAUGGGACAAAUUUUUUAUUAUUAUUUUCCAUAGAUAUCGAGGAUUACAAUGCAAUUAUGGCUUAUACAAAAGUCAUAAGCCCUAUAACGACAGGAAUAGAAGGCAGGAUUGUCUUCAAAAUCAAUAACAACGGAAAAUCAAAAGCGUCUAAUAUUAAAAAUAAUUCAUGGAAUUCUCGAUUUGUAUUUAUUGGUUUUUAUACAACUAUUGUCCUCAUUUUAAAAAAUGAUUUAUUCGGCUUAACACAAGUGUUAGGUAUCUAUUAAAUUGUUUUGUGUACAUGUGUUGAAAUAAUGUACUUUUAAACUUACUGAUAUACGCCAAAGUAACAAUGGAUUUAACUUUUUUUUUUUUAAAUAAUUUAUAC